AUGGCUCAGUACACCUUCGAUUCUAGUCUAUUUUCCCAGACCAUGAACAACUCGGCCAUGACUUCCACGCCUCUCCCCCCACCAUCCGUUGAGGCCAUGCCUACUACCAUCAAGAUGGAGAUGAUUGAAAACUACGACCACUCACCCUCACCCGCACAUCACUCGUCCAACUCGUCGGAAGCAUCACACACACCUGCACCCGAGAGCAAUGGCUCCAAGCCCGUGAAGAAGCGCAAGUCGUGGGGCCAGGUGCUCCCCGAACCCAAAACCAGCCUACCCCCACGGAAGCGGGCCAAGACCGAGGACGAGAAGGAGCAACGGCGGAUAGAACGCGUAAAGCGCAACCGCCUCGCCGCCCACAACUCGCGCGAACGCAAACGACAAGAAUACGAAGUUCUACAGACCGAGAAGGACGAGCUCGAGGCCAACAUGCAGGCCUACAAACAAAAGAUGGCCGAGAUGGAGGCCGAGCUUAGAUAUUACCGCUCCAAGUACCCUGGCGAAGCACCCCAACAGGUCUUCGACUUAGCUACACCACCCAGUGACACCUUCGACACCAUCUGCCCCGCGCAGAUCCCAACAUCCUUCCCCAGCCCUCCCGAGUCCAUGGACUCGAUGGACUCACCCCGUGACUCAUCCUGUCAACCCGAGACACCCCCGUCAAGCUUUGAGGCUUCUCCCGAAUUCGACUCGACACAAUAUCCUGCCGCGAUAUUGUGCGACCUGCCGUUCGAUGAGAAGUCUGUCGUCAUGGAAAACUUCUUCGACUUCGAGCCCUUCCCAAAGUGCAGUCCAACAACGACUGCGCCAAUGGAGCCCGCUUUUAGCAUGGUCGACUCUUCUUCAGGCGAUGUCUUCGGUCCAACACCCUUCGACCACAGCUCUUUCUCAAACUCUUAUGCCUUUCUUGACGGCUUUGAUGCAAAGUUCAACGACUUGCAGAGUGCCUCUGGCGCAACUUCGGUUAGCGACGAGGCCCUCGCAGCGGGACAACUUUAG